AUGACGGUUACUCAUCGGAAGCGGGCGUACCAGCCAGAGGAGAUUCAAACUGUGAAUGAGCCCGGCUUGCAGAUCGAGUGCGACAGCUGCGCUUGCGACCUCACGCAUUCCAUACGAAUAAAGUGCGCCGACCCCGUGUGCGAGGUCGGAGAUGGUGUGGAUAUCUGCCCAGCAUGUUUUUGCGACGGGAAGGAAUUCAAUGUCCACAAACGGGACCACGCUUACCGUGUUGUGGAGUUACAUUCUUAUCCGAUCUUUGUUGAAGAUUGGGGUGCGGACGAGGAGCUCCUUCUCCUCGAGGGCAUAACCAUGCAAGGGCUUGGCAACUGGCAAGCCAUAUCGGAACAUGUUGGGACCCGGACCAAGGAAGAGGUCGAGAAGCAUUAUCGUACAGUCUAUAUCGACUCACCCAAUUGGCCCCUUCCCCGUAUGGACGCAGACUUCGAAGUCGACCCCGCCGAGUUCCAGGAGCGGAAACGGCGGCGGAUAUCCUCCAUGACCACCACCAACCCUCCUCCACCGAAGGCCGCGCCCGUCUCUGCCCCAGGCGUGCACGAAGUCGCCACCUUCCUCCCGGGACGCCUGGAGUUCGAGCACGAGCUAGACAACGAGGCCGAGGACAUGGUGAAGGACCUCGAGUUCGGCGUGUGUCUUGAGUGGGGCGGAGACGAGAUUCCGGAGGACGAGAGCGACCAGGAUGUGAAGGCGCGGGCGCGACUUGAGGAGGAGCUGAAGAUCAGAGGCAAGGAGUCGUCCCCGGGGAAGUGGCAGCCCAAUGGCCUGAUGAACGGCCUGGUGAACGGGUAUUACUCGAACGGCGACACGCCGCGGCGGGGCACCAGCUCCAAGCCGGAUGACGACAAGCAGGGGAGCGACGCGAACGGGGACGAUGCCGACGAGCAGACGCAGCCGCCGCCGUUCGAGACGCCCGAGUCCUUGGAGUUCAAGCUUUCGCUCCUCGAGUCGUACUAUCAGCGCGUUGACAAGCGGCAAGAAGCCAAGAGCAUCAUGUUCGACCGGGGUCUGCUGAACUACAAGCAGAUGCAAGCGGCAGAUAAGAAACGGCCAAAGGAGGAGAAAGACAUCCUGCACCGCCUGCGGCCGUUUGCGAGACUACAGACUGCGGAAGACUUUGAGGAGUUCCAAGCCGAUAUUCUAUACGAACACAUCCUCCGCAAGAGGAUACAAGAACUCCAACACUACCGCCGCAUGGGUUUGCGGACAGCAGCUGACAUCGACAAGUACGAGGCGGAUGUCGCUAAGCGGGCAAGCGUCAAGGCGAACCUCUCGCGUGACUACUAUGUCGAUCGGCGACUUGCAGGCGCCCGUGCCUCCUCCGGACCCGAUCCGCGCCGCGGAAGUAUCGACGGAGACGAGCGAGAAGCCACCCCCAAGCCAGGCGGCUCAUCCGUCAGCGGCACAGGCCCGCCUGUACGGAAGAUGCCUGCCCCCCUCAACCUCGCGAACAGCCCCGCGCUGCACCUGCUCACGCCCGAGGAGCAGACGCUCUGCUCGCAGCUGCGCAUCCUCCCGAAGCCGUACCUCGUGAUCAAGGAGACGCUCGUGCGCGAGUACGCGCGGCGCGGGGGCAAGCUGCGCCGGCGCGAGGCGCGCGACCUCGUCAAGAUCGACGUGAACAAGACGAGCCGCGUGUGGGACUUCCUCGUGCAGGCCGGCUUCAUGCGCCUCGGCAACACGGACGUCGUUGCGUCCGCGGGCGCCGGCCAGGCAGGCGGGAGCGCGAGCGGCGAGGGCGGGCGGCCGUCUGCGACCCCGGGGCUGAGCGCGUCGCCGAGCAAGGAGUCGACCGUGCGCUCGCCGCGGCCGCCGCCGUUCACCACCGUGCCCCUGGCGUCCGCAGGCUCUGCGUCGAACGCGCAGUAUUCGCAACCGAGCGCAUCUUGGCCACCGCCGACGUGA